CGCACUCCUCGUUCUCCUCUCCUAGCCCCCGGUGACUUGUGUACCAACAUCAUCCACACACACACCCCCCGACACCCCGAACGCCGCCGCCGUCAGUUCCCCGCACGCAUCAGGGGAGAGGAGGCUCCGGACUGCGUGGUUCCCAUGCGCUCCAUCGCGAACGGGCUGUGCGGCAUGCUGCGUCCUCACGAGGAGCAGUUGGUCCUCUUUCAGUACCGCCCCACAGAUGAGACCAUGUACAGCCCGGCCAUGAUCGCGCUGGAGAGGAUCCCGGACAAGUCGACCUCGAUGAUGCCCAUGGUGGCGGACGAGAGCCACAACGGGCGGCCGAGCCACUGGGCCGACGCGGCCACGACGCGGCCGAGGACGCGCGAGCGGCACAUCGCCGUGCACCGCCGCCUCGUCAUGGUGUUCGCCAUCUCGCUCGUCGCGCUCAUCGUGGUCACCAUUCUGGCCGUGCUGCUCAGCGUCAACCUCGAGGCCUGUCCCCCGCCAUCGUCGCCGCCGGACGAGACCCAGCAGCCGGCGACCGCCCGGCAGCGGCAGCAGCGGGCGGAGGCGGCCCCCUCUCCGACGACGGCUACGCCGGCCGCGGAAAACCAGCCCUGGGAGAACGCGCGGCUCCCCGGCACGCUGGCUCCUCGGCACUACGAUCUGCGCCUCUCCACGUUCAUGGACAACUUCACCUACGCGGGCCAGGUGGGCGUCGUGCUCGAGUGCCUGCGGAGCACCCCGUACGUCAUCCUGCACUGCGACAGGCUCAACAUCAGCAGGAUCGCGCUGAGCCCCGUGAACGUGAGCCGGCACAGCAGCACCAAGAUCCAGGACUACUUCCUCUACCCCAAGCACCAGUUCUUCGUCAUUCUGCUCAACAAGAGCUUCAGUGCGGGGGACGUGGUCUUCCUCAACAUCACCUUCCAAGGGAUCAUAGCCGACGAAUUGCUGGGCUUUUUCAGGAGUUCGUACUCGACGCAAGGGACACGGAGGUACCUCGGCGUGACGCAGUUCUCCCCGACGCACGCCCGCAAGGCGUUCCCCUGCUUCGACGAGCCGCUCUACAAGGCCACCUUCACGCUGAGCCUGCACCACGCGGACGCGAUGCUGGCACUCUCCAACAUGCCGCUCGCCAGCCAGGAGCCGGCGCCCGAGCCCGGCUGGGUGGUGGACCACUUCGAGCGCAGCCCGCCCAUGUCCACCUACUUCUUCGCCUGGGCCCUCUGCGACUUCGAGUACAGAGAGGGCAUCACCCGCAACGGCAUCAAGGUACGACUGUACGCACGUCCGGAAGCCGUGAGACGUGGCUCUGCUGACUCGGCUCUCAACAUCACCCUGCAGCUGCUGGACUUCUACCACGACUUCUUCAACCUCAGCUACUCCCUGCCCAAGCUGGAUCUACUGGCAGUGCCCAAGCACCCGUAUGCGGCGAUGGAAAACUGGGGCCUGAAUGUGUUCGUGGAGCAGAAGAUUCUGCUGGAUCCUGGCAUCUCCUCGACCCACUACUGGCUGGAAGCGACGAUGGUCAUUGCCCAUGAAAUCUGCCACCAGUGGUUCGGUGACCUUGUCACACCGAAGUGGUGGGAGGACGUCUGGCUCAAGGAAGGCUUCGCUCACUACUUUGAAUACCUGGGAACGGAUUUCCUCUACCCUCACUGGAACAUGGAGACCCAGCGCUUCCUGAUUGAUGACCUACAUGAUAUCAUGCUGCCUGACGGUCUAUGCAGCUCCCAUCCAAUCUCCCAGGAGGUGUCCCAGCCAGAGGACAUCUCAAGGGUCUUUGACUGGAUCGCUUACAAGAAGGGCGCUGCUUUGAUUCGAAUGCUGGCCAACUUCAUGGGGAAAGCUUCCUUUAAAAAAGGAUUACAAAACUACCUGAAGACUUACAUGUUUGGGAAUGCAGGAAGGGAUGAUUUGUGGAACACCCUUUCCAAGGUCUCCCGGCAGAAUGGAGAUACGCACAACAUCCGCGAGGUGAUGGAUAUUUGGACUCUUCAAAUGGGAUACCCGGUGGUCACGAUCAACAGAGAUGCUGGGCCAGAUUGCAAACUCCGGAUCUCUCAAGAGCACUUUCUGUACAGUGCUGAUGUCAACGCCAACUGUCAAAACGACUCGCUGUGGCAAAUUCUUCUUACCUUAUCAGCAGGAAACACUACAGGACUCUGGAAGCAUGAAAUGAUUUGGAUUACAAACCAGACGGAAUGUGUAACCAUGAAGCACGUGAUUGGUUCCGACUGGCUGCUGGGGAACAUAAACCAGACGGGAUACUUCCGUGUCAACUACGACCUCCAGAACUGGGAGCAACUCGUGAAGCAACUCACCACGGACCACAAAGUCAUUUCAGUUGGAAACCGUGCAGGAUUAAUUGACGACUCCUUCAACCUUGCCAGGGCAGGAUACCUUCCCCAGGAGUUGGCGCUGCGCCUGAGUCGUUAUCUGAGGCGGGAGUGGGAGGUUCUGCCCUGGCAGGCUGCCCGCAAUGUCCUGCAGUACCUCGACAAAAUUCUGGACCGCACACCAGGACAUUUGCUGCUUUCCGAAUUUGUCCUGCAGCAAGUCACACCGGUCUACCGCACCGUGGGCUGGCCAGGGAACGACACGGAGGAUGAUUCACCCUACCACAUGCAAGAGCUGCAGCAGCAGGUUAUUGCACUGGCAUGCCAUUACAGCCUCAGAGACUGCCAGGAUCAGGCAAUGUCCCUCCUGUCACGCUGGAUGGCUGACGGAGUCAACAGAAUUCCGCCGAACGUGCGGGGCCUGGUUUACUGCGUGGCAGUUUCACUGUCGGGCCAGGAUGUUUGGGACUUCGUGUGGAAAACCUGCCAAGCCACGUCCGCCGUAUCGGAGAGAAAACUGCUGUUGGAGGCCCUCACUUGCAGUCGGGACAACACCACCAUCCAAAGACUGCUGAGCACAUCUCUCCAUCAAGAUCUCAUCGCAGAGCAGGAGGCCGUGGACCUGAUCAUCAACAUUGCCCACAAUCCUGUGGGGCGCUCCUUGGCAUGGGCCUUCCUUAGGGACAAGUGGCCGAUCCUCAACCAAAGGUAUGGCGAAGCACUCUUCAUGACCGCUCGACUUAUCAAUGGCGUAACGAGAUUUCUCAGUAUGAGUGAAGAACUGGAGGAGCUCCAGCAGUUCACGCAGCAGCAGCUGUCGACGCAGGGACAGCCGAAUCCAGCGUUCGGACCGGCCCUGGAGCUUGUGGAGGCCAACCUGCGAUGGAGAGAGGCCAACGAGGACAACCUCACCGCGUGGCUGGAGAAGGAGCUGCACGCCAGCCAGCAUCAGAACCACCUCUUGUAGCCUCCGCUUGUUGAAAUCCAACGAACACAUAAUAUUGACAACAGCAGCUGGUGGAAGGGUUUUUUGUUGUUGUUGUUGUUGUUCAAGUGCGUACAGUGCUGUAUUUAUUUCUACCCCGUCUUAAUUCAUGCGGGUGUUGUUGUCUUUGGGUCUGUGUUAUUGUAACGGUAGCCUCGGAGGGAGUUGGCACAAAAUAUUUUCUCGAGAGGCUAUUUCGAGCUCCCUCUAGUGGAUGCCCCUCACUGCAGCAGUGGUGUGAGCAAGCAAUUGCAGGACUCCACUUGUAUCUUCUUGUAACGGUAACUUCCUGGGUUUGAGGUGUUAAGGACGAUGCAGCUGUCGGGAUUCGAUCUUCCAACGCAGCCUCCGUGUGGGUAUUUAAAACAGGGGAAUCUGUUCGGCAAAGGGGGUUUCUAACAAAUGUCUUUACCGUACGUAAUCCAUUGUCCCCGAGUUGCCGUGUAAUUUCAAAAUCUCCAGUCAAACGUGUGAAGCACACCGGCGGAUUCUCGCCGUGCGCAAGGCACAGUUGGCUUAAAUAUUCACAGCACCGUCCGUGCACAGUGGGAAAUGCAUUCCCACUGUGCACCUAAUAUGUACAUGAUGGUAUAACCAUACGGCUGUAAACGUCUGCGGCCCCACGAGUUUGCUGUUGUGCUGAAUGGCUCUCCGAUGUGUGCUCCGGCUGAACGGGGUGUUUUUCGGCACGGUGUCUGACGUUUCGCUGUGAAUGCCGAGCGUUAUUCAACGCGAUUUUCCCACAUUUUCGCUCGGGCAGCACUUUGAGCAAAACGUCGGACAUGUCACCGUUUCAAGACGCGGACAGCUGCGUGGUCUGCAGUGUUGUGAUUGGUGAAUUUAUGAAACUGACGGUGAUUGUAUUUAUUACAACUGGACGUAUGAAUUUGACACUUCAUUGGCCCUGCAACUUGCCGUUCAGAGUUUUAAAUCCUCUCCGUCGCCACGGCCCCAUGGUUUUUAACGUGACCUCUGAACCCCCAGCCCCAAAAAUGGGCGAACUCCCUCGUGAUUUCACGCUCGACGUCCGCUGUUCAAUUGCUCGCGCCCUUCUAAAAAGUCGCUCGCGUGCAUCGCUCGCGACACGGCAGCGUGCCCAACGCAGAGCGACAGGGGCUGGGACGUGUCGCGUUCACCUUGGGCGCUCAGCGCAGCGUCUCCGACUUGACUUUUCGGUCUGCCCUCUCUCGAGGCUUGGCCCUCCUGUCCAUCUCUUCGUGCACAAAGCAGGCGACGUUACUCAGGCGGGGGGUGGGGGGGGGGACCAGAGCACAAAAGUCCUGGUUCCCUGGUUCCCUCGCAAGAUUUCUUCGACUUGUCCAAUUAGCAAGCAGGUUGUUCUUCCUAUCCCCCGGGAUGAACACACGAGAAUGCCGAGCUAACAUUGCCUAGCGACGGCUGACACGCGACGGAGGAGGAGGAGUAGGUGGUGGCGACGGUGGGGAAUGUGAAGGGGUCGGAUGAAAUAACAACAAGAGCAACAACGAAGCACAUCUUGGAAGAAGUUUGUACUCUCUCUAACCUUUGUGAUGUUUUAAUAAUGUAGAGGCCGCGCCUUGGGUAUUGCGUCCACUCGGGCACUUGACACUAAAGAGCCUUGAUGUGCCGAAGGUCCCCGCUGCCCUUCCGGCUAAUCCAACAUUAAUGUCUUUGGUUGCACUCCGCCAUCUCGUAACAAGAAAAGAAAACGCUUUUUAUUGCCUUUUAUAAUCGAGACACAAGGGGGUUAUGUUGGGCUCCAAUUCUAAUGGUGUUCGCGACUUGCAAUGCAGUUGCCCUCCCCCUGUUGCCCGCUCCUCCCGAAUUAUCCGAAUAGAUUCAAACUGAUCAUCAGUGUUUCAUAAUAGAGGUUUUUUGGGGGGUUAGAUCGCGUAAAUAUAUAAAUGUGUCGUUAAAACCCGCCACCACCCGACACAGCCAACUAGUAAGGGUUGUCACGUGAACAGAACGUAGCCAAUUCGUCACUAGUACAGCACGAACCGGUGUGUUGGAGAGCCAAGCUACAACAAUCGCAACUGUUGCAGUAAAACGCAGUUAAUGUGUUCAGCAGUUUAUACAACUUUGCAGCUGGAAACAUACUCAAUUGUUUACGUUUGAGGAUUAAGAACAAGGUUCUUCUGUUCAGCUUUACACACGGUAGGAACAAGCAUUGUUCGUGAAAACCUAUUGAGAGAGAAAUCCCACGUGCCCGGCACCACUCAUGCCCUCCGUUGUCUCGCACGUACCGCCGUUUACAGGUUGUACCAGGUAGUCAUUCUAAUACUGAAGUUGACCUCGGUGAACCCCAGGACAGGUUCAUUUGCCAUCCAGCACUGGCUUCGAAUCGAGCGCCAGAUUUGUAAAUCAGUGCGCUAACCACUGUACCGCCGCUCCCCGCACAACACAAAAAGAUAAAAGACAAAGAUCCCCCCCCCCCCCCAUAUAGCAUGGACAGAUUGUUGGGGCAAGUGCUGUAAGCGAGCACCUAUGAAGGCCGGCACGGCACACGAAGCGGUGGGUGACCAACACCACGCCCGGCCGCCUUUGUCUCCCCCAUUGCGAUUUUUACACACUGCACCAGGCACUAAUUUGAGGCUGAAUUUACCUAGGGGAGGCCCAGGACCGGUUCAGAUAAUCGUCACUGAUGUUGGCCGUUAGCAGGAAUCGAACCCGGGUCGCCGGGUUCAUAGCGCAGCGCGCUCACUGCUACACUACCACACACACGCGCGCGCGCGCACACACGGGCACACACACACAACUUGAAAAUUGGUCAUCAUAGACAGCUAACAAGGGCGAGUUUUGCGGAACGACACGGCCAGGUGUGCAUUCACUUACAUUUAAUGCGGAUUCCACACGGAAAAAAAAAACAAUCAAUCACUCAGCGGAGUGUGUCAGCCACACCAAACAAUUCUACAACUUUGCAUUUCUAGCCCAAGUACAGUUUAAACGACGGGCCCUUUUGUCCACAGGAAAGAGGAAUCGUGUUGACGCCGAAGGCGACCUACAUCGAUUUCCACAGUUGCGGCAUCAACAAAAAAAGCACUGAUGCAAUCACUUUUCAUAUAUUUUUUUUUAUUGUGAGCAGAUAUUAAAGAUGCACGGGGCGGCUGUAGGGAAAGCUGAAUGGGAACCUCUUCACCCAUGCCCUGUUCAUUUUCGACUCGGGACAUGCGCCGAGGGUGCAUUUUGGUGGACGUAUCAAAAGUCGGAGUAGUCGAGACUUUACGGGAGAGUGGCGGCCGGGGGAGGGAACGUGCACUGAUGGGAACGGACAUCCGCCGUGGAGAUGGAGCGAUGAAAUCAGCUCAGGUGCUCGGAGGAUUAUUAACUUGGUAGAGGCAAUGAAGGAGGCUUUUGAUCCCACCGGUUUAUUGCUGCUGAUGAUAUGGACACGGGCUUACAUGGAUAAGCCUAGCCCGCGACAGUGGAGUUGCGAUUAAGGGUGUAUGGUCCUCUGGGGAUAUCGUUGAUGGUUUAGAUGGCCAAUGGUUUUAUAGCGGUAAUUAUUAUCGCGAAUUUCCAUUGGUUUUGAAUGGAUUGUGUCACCUCUGAAUUUAAAACUAAACUAAAAGGGGCCUGCAGGCUAACACUACUUUGAACGCGUGGAUAGAGUACAGCAAUUUAAGAUAGACACUUCAACAGUAUCAGGUAAAAGCCAACAAAAGCGAUUGAAAUUUUCCAAAUUAUGUUUGAGUGUUUUUUUUGUUUAAAGAAAAUUCUCUAAAAAAGGUAUUAUUAAAAGCACUGCGUUUUAUGGUAAUGUAGAAUAAUCUAGUGAGCUAUGAAGUGCAGGUCCUGGAUGGAUCGUUGUAUCGCAGGAUCGUGAGAGCUGGUGGAGCCUUGGGGAGUCCUUCAGUAGUCGAUUGAUCAUGGCCUAUGACGAUGAGUAGGAAACAGAGGGCAGCGGAGUUCGAUUUCCGGCAAGGGCUGUCGUCAGUGGCAAAUCUGGCCCGGUCAUGUGACCCCUCCCACCCCUUACCCAAUCCGCACAUAUGCUUCCGUGGUGAAGUAUGUUCAAACAACCCCAAUGACUGACAUGGCGCUGGGAGGCCUUCAUCCAGCAGUGGAUUGACAAAGAGCUGUACAUUAUGUAAUGCAAUUUCACGGCUUACUUCUGGACUGGCUCCCGAUGAUGAGAUACGUCUCAGUCUGUCUCAGCCUGUAAUGCCUCAAGUCAAGACAGAAAUCACCAAGAUAGUCCAGACCGAUAUGUCUCACAAACAACAAUAAAUGUGACAACUUGAAGCAGUUUUCAUAAAAUGUAUGAGUUGAUCUACUUCUGAUCAUGGGAUUAAAGAAUUAUGGCAUAUUUUGAGAUUCACAGAAAUUCGACAUGCUGGUUGCUUCGGAUGCUGCUGCUAAUAAAAAAAACAAUGUAUGGUCAAUAAUCUCGUAACAAAAAUAAUUUUAUGAAAACUUCCAACUUGGAGCACUAUCAUAAUAUAACAGCUACAAUGUAUUGAUAAACACUGAGCUCAGUGAAUGUUUUGAAACUGAGUACUGUGAUUUAAAGAAAAUAUAUAAACGACAAAGACCCACUUCA